AUGCCGCAGGACCGGGAUGCGCCGGGGGCUCUCCCCGUGGUGCCCGGGGAUGGACACGGAGGGCCUGGGAUCUGCAGGAGGUGCAGUGCGGGCAGGACUUCAGCGGGAACGUGGAUAUAUACAUAUAAAAAAUACAUAUAUGUGUAUUUUUUUAGUAGAAAUGUCUCCUGUGUUGUUCUCUCUGUGUCUCGAGCAGAAGUCGGUGCCUUGGCAAAGCAGUACGUGGAGCGAGGGCUGCUGGUGCCCGACCACAUCAUCACCCGCAUCAUGACGGCGGAGCUGGAGAGGCGGCGGGGCCAGCCCUGGCUCCUGGAUGGUACGUGCACGGACGUGCUGAUCCCUGCUCCGGGAAAAUCCCAGCGCUCCGUAAGCUCGGUGGAAGGCGCCAGGCCCCCGCAGCCCGCGGGCUGGCAGUGCUGCUUUCCAGCAAUGCCUUUCCCGGCGCUCGGGGAAAAUGCGGCAGGAGAGGGGAGGGCCAGAGCGUGGACGGGAUUCCUGGCGCUUUUUUGGAGUGAGUGGGAGGCGGCAGGUCCCGCUGCUGCUUUGGGGUGGAUCUGGGGUGAAAGUCCGAAGCUGCUGCGCUGGUGGAAAGGGCAUAGAGCAGCCCAUGGAGCGAGCGAGCAGAGCGGGCUGGAGCCGAGCCGAGGGGAAUCGCUGCCACCCGCAUCCGGCCGCGACGACGUCACGGGCGAGCCGCUGGUGCAGCGCGACGACGACCGGCCCGGCGCCGUGGCCGCCCGCCUCAGGACGUACAAGGAGGCGGCGAAGCCGGUGAUGGAGCUGUACAGGAGCAGAGGUGUCCUUCACUCAUUUUCGGGAACAGAGACCAACAAAAUCUGGCCAUACGUUUACGCUCUGCUUUGCAACAAGAUCCCGCCGGUUCACGCCGAAGAGGAAAACUAGUCGUUUUGUGCAAAGGAC